GGGAGCGGUUAGAGGUGGGAGUUGGAGCUGCGGGCCGGGAGGGGGCCGCGGAGCUGCGAUGCGGACGGGGCAGCGCCGGUGAACGGAGCUGCCGCCCGACAUGAACUCGCUGGAGCAGGCGGAAGAGGGAGUACCUUGGACGCCCCUGUGUGGUGGAACCAGGCGUCGGCGCUCCAGAAGUGCCACGAAGAUCAACUGUAACCUCUUGGGAGGGAGGAAAGGGGAGCGUCUUUGCAUAUCCACCUGUUAGCCGUAUCAGAAGUCCAGACUGAAAGCGUAGCCAUUAAUGAAAUACAAGCGCUGGAAAUCGGAAUCGGAUCUCAAGGCUUUCGAGAGGAGACUUACUGAAUAUAUUCAUUGUUUGCAACCUGCCACUGGACGUUGGAGAAUGCUUCUUAUAGUGGUAUCUGUCUGUACAGCUACUGGUGCCUGGAACUGGUUAAUAGAUCCCGAGACGCAAAAGGUGUCCUUCUUCACAUCAUUAUGGAACCAUCCAUUUUUCACCAUUAGCUGUAUCACUCUAAUAGGCUUGUUCUUUGCUGGAAUACACAAGAGAGUAGUUGCACCGUCAAUUAUAGCUGCUCGAUGUCGAACUGUAUUAGCAGAGUACAACAUGUCUUGUGAUGAUUUCACCAUGGGCAAGAGCCGGACGAAACGCUUCAAGCGACCUCAGUUCUCCCCUACGGGCGACUGUCAGGCCGAGACGGCGACGGCGAACGGGACUGAGCCAGAGGAGGACGACGGGCCAGCGGCGGAGCUGCUAGAAAAACUCCAGCACCCGAGCGCCGAGGUCCGCGAGUGCGCCUGCGCGGGGCUGGCCAGGCUGGUGCAGCAGCGGCCAGCGCUGCCGGGCCUGGCUCGCCGGGACGCCGUGCGACGCCUCGGGCCGCUGUUGCUCGACCCCAGCCUGGCGGUGAGGGAGACGGCGGCUGGCGCACUGAGAAAUCUCAGUGCUUGUGGCGGUUUCGAAGUUUGUGAUGACAUGGUGACCAAGGAUAUCAUGACUCCGCUGGUCGCACUGCUGAAAGAGUGUAGUACUGGACUGGAUUCAAAUGAGAUGUCUCCACAGGAAACAAAAGAUCAGAACAGAAAUUCUAUUGAAAACAUAGCCAAUGAGGUGGUAAACGUGCUGUGGAAUAUAUGUGAAUGCAGUAGUAGAGCAGUAUCUAUAUUCAACAAAGAAGGGUGUUUGGAGAUUGUAUUAAAGUAUUUAAGUAGGUUUUCCACCAAUGUUGACCUGGCUAUUUCAGUAGCAUAUUGUUUGCAGACGGUGACCGAAGAUAACCCAGAGCUACUGAAAUCUUUCAGUGCCCCAGCAUUGCAUGUGCUGGAAUCAGCAAUGCUUUCUCCUGUCAAUUCCAUGGAAUAUAUUCUAUUAAAGACAUUGGUGGCAGGCACAAUUUGGAAUCUAAAGGACAUUAUUCCAUCCAAGAGUCAGGCAGAAAUCAUAAAUGCCAUACUAAAGAUCUUAUCUGAAGUUCUGGAAAUGGAUGCUGGUGAAACGGUUAUUCAAAUGAUGGAGACCGAAACUCAAAGGAUAAAAACUGCUGCAGAGACUGAGGACACAUUACAGAAUGUUAAUGGUGAUGAUUUGAUUGAGGAUGAUGAAAUGGAAGAAAUUCCUCAUAGAAGGAAAGUCAGAAGGAAAACUUUCAUUUCAGAUUUACUUCCACCCACCGACAAGGAGCUGAGAGAGACCAUAGCGUUGCUGACAGCUCAGCAGACUGCUCUGGAAAUCAUUGUCAACAUGUGCUGCAGUGAAGAUCCCACCGACGAUGAAUGGGAAGAGCUUUCCAGCAGUGAUGAAAGCGACACGUUUAUGGAGAAUUCCCUCAGUGAAUGUGGUGGGCAGCUGCUGUCUCCCCUCUGCCUCUCCCAUGAGGUUCACACCGCUCUCACCAACUACCUCAUCCCAAAGAAGAUUUUUGAGAAAACUGCCUUUCCAAACAGCAUUGCAGUUGACGUGUGUUCUAGGAACCCAAGUUGGAAACCUUUGAUUAGAAAAAUGAGCACUGUACAAUGCAGAGCCCUCGUGUGUCUCCAGAGCCUUGUCUCCCUCCUGGAUGUGGACCAUCUGGGAGGACCUGCAGCCCUUCAGACACUUGCACAGCAUCUGUCGCAACUGCUUUUUUCUCAGCCAGAUUUUGCUAAGCAUGUUGACUUUUUAGAGGCCAUAAGUAGUGCCUUGAGGGCCCUUUUGCAAACAAUGGCCUCCAAGAACAUUCCUCAGUGCAUGACUCCCGACCAGCUGAUGACACUAUGCAGAGCAGGCAUCCAUAGUAGUAAUGUUGGGGUGAGGGUAAAUGUGGUUAGUAUUUUAGGAAUCACUGGCAGCGUCCUAGCCAAAGAAGAUGGCACACUUGACACUCUUAAGACCAUCGGGUGCUUUCUGCUUGAGGUUGCCACCAAAGAUCCCUCCCUUGUAGUAGCAGGAGAGGCUUUGGAUGCCCUCUUUGAUGUUUUUGCAGAUGGUAAAGAAGCUGAAAGGGCCUCAGUUCAAAUUAAAUUGUUAUCUGCUCUGAAAGAAUUCCAGCCAGUCUUCAAAAUGAAGAUACGGAAAGAAGGGAGAGCUAAAUACAGUCCAGAUCAGCUGUGUGUUCUCGACAACGUGAAGAUGAACUUGAGAAGGUUUGUCGCUUAUCAAGAAACUGUUGAGAAAAGACUGACUACUUGAAAGAGACCAGUCCUCGCCUCAAAGCGUUCAAAGCUGAAGAAUACUAGAGGGUUUCCUUUCAGUGUGUGUGUUCCUGAAAGUCAUUUUUUAAUGCGUGUACACUAAAUUGAAGUUCAUAAAAACUCCAGAACCUCUUUAAAGCUCUGGGAUCUGUGUGGCAUUUCUAGUGCUCUCAGAAAUGUUUCCAGCAUGUUUUAAUCACUGGAAACACGAAGAGUGGAAACACAAGGAAAUCUCAGGUGCUUCUUCAUGAGCAGUGAAGACACUUCCAAACAAUCAUGUUUUCCUUGAAUUUUGCAAAAAAGGAAAAUCCAAAGCAUUGCUUGGAUGCUCUUUUAAGCCAUUAUCGUUUUAUAUUAGCUGAAUCUUUAACUGAAAUAUGAAGACAAGCUUUAUAAAUUUUUUUUAGUAUGAAGUAUAUCAAUUAUGCUUACCUUUUGUGAAGAGGAGAGUGAGUUGGAGUCAUAUACCACUAUUGAGCAGACUAUACUACUAGCUAAUGAGCUCAUGAGGUCAUCGUCGUCCUCUGUACAAAAGGAUCUGAUCGGAUACUGCUUUGGAACAUCACUCCUUAUUUAAUUUGAUGUGGAAUCAGGAUUGGAAGAAUAUGUUUUUUAAUAAAUAACUUUUUAAUUGAAA